AUGACUUCAAAAGAAGGCUGCAUGAAGGCCCUUCCACGUGAAGUUAGUGAUAUAGACGGGAUUCCAUAUCGUCCAUUCCAUUGGACUCCAGAUUUUAAGGAAGAAGAAGAACCAUCUAUUGUGCCGGUUUGGAUCGUCUUUCCAGGUUUGCCUCCUAACUAUUAUCAUGAGUCUUUUCUUAAAAUUCUUACAGCCCCAAUAGGUAGAUUUAUUAGACGUGAUAAUCCCACUCGUUGUGCCACUCACACCGAUGGUGCCCAUAUCUGUGUAGAGAUGGAUGUUGCAAAGGAGCCUUUACCUCAUUUUUGGAUUGGGACUCUUGGAUUGGGGUCUAGCUGCAAGCAAGAGAUAAUUUAUGAAACUUUGCCGGCGUUUUGUUCCAAGUGCAAAAUACAGGGGCACAAUGCAAGGACAUGUCGUGCUGGGAGAAAGAUUACUGGAAGAAAGGAAUGGGUUCGGCAACAAGAACUUGUUGUGGAAGAACUGAAGGAAAAAAUAAAUCCACCAAUUGUCGAGGAAAAAGAAGUUGAAGCAAAUCAGGAUUCUGAGGUAAAUCUGGUAAUAGGUGAAUCCUCCACACCUUUGAUUGAGGAGUUGGAAACGGAAAAAGAUCAUGGUGAGUCUCCUGAUAUUGAGGUUCAUGGGGAGGAAAUGAAUAAUAAGGUGUCACCAGAGAGGAAUGACGAAAGACUGGAAUGUUCUACCCGCUCGAAGGAGGCGGAGUUGGCCACAGACAUGAGGGAGGUGGAACUAGUUCCUAGUACAGAGGAGAGGGAGGAUGAUAAAUCACAGGAGGAAGAGGUUUUCUUGGAAGAGGGGUCGAUGUCUGAUCUGGAACCUGAGAUACAUGCGGAAGUCUUUCUGCAGGAUAAGGAAUAUCACACGGAAACAGAGGAUGAAGUAGGGAAAGAAAAUACCAUAAGAGGCAGUUUGAGAAAAUUAGGAGUUCUUAGAGGGUGCUCACUCGAGCCAAAAAAAUUUCUCAGUGAUAGGAUCCAUAUUAGUAUGGAAUAUAAAGGGAAUAGGUACUUCUAA